UCAUAACUUUUUCGGGUGAAGCGCCUCAUGUUGAAUAUUUUGAAAGGAAGUUUGUGCUGCGACUCUGAUGAUGAACUCGAGGUCCCUUCAAAUCCUUAUCACAAAGAAAUUCCCAGGAUUCUCUUUUUCAGCCUUCUUGGUAUAACCUACUUCUUCCUGCACCCCUCAUUUUGCCAUUUGUAAUGAUUUACUAUGGCCUUGGAUAUAUCAUCUACCGUAACCAGCUAUUGAAUGUUUAUUCACCAAAGUUUGAAACUGGUGGAAAGUUUUGGCCUGUGGUUCACGACGCGACAAUAGUUUUCUUAGUAUUGAUGCAUGUUAUAGCCAUUGGGAUAUUUGGUUUGAAGAAACUCCCUUUAGCUUCAAGCUUAACAAUUCCCCUUCCAAUUCUCACUUUGUUAUUCAAUGGUUAUUGCCAGAGACGUUUCUUACCUAGUUUCAAAGGUUUUCCAGCUGAGUGCUUGAUCAACAAGGAUAGGCUUGAUCAGAACGAUCCCACAAUAUCUUCUUUCUACGAGAAACUAGCCACAGCCUACCAAGAUCCAGCUAUGGAGCGAGUCAGACGUUCGGAAGCCAGUGAAAGUAGCACAACUCCACUUCUGGCCAGUUAUAGAUGAAGUCGAAGUUUUGUUUUUUUUCUCACCACAAGAUUGCAUUUGUAAGCAUAACGUCUGUACACUUACUGUGUAUAUGCUUAUCUUAUCAACUGAUUUCUGGAAAUACACAUUUCGUUGUCCUUUUAGUGUCUGUCUGUAAAAAACUGUGAUUUGCACCUCUCACUCUCUCUUGUUGAAACAUUUGGAGGCUCAAAUCACUUAUUAACAGCUAUGAAGAUUGUGCUGUAAAUUGUAGUUUGUUUGUUUAUUUGAGUCAAUUAGUUGGGAUUAAAUAGUUGAUUGUAUAAUGGUGAAGAAGAAGACUGGUGGGAUUUUGAUGAAACUCCAUGUGGAGCAACCAGAAUUGAUGGUUGACAUAUUCCUUUCCUUGUGCUUAUUUUUGUAUUA